UGGAAGAGGUGACGAGUCGUGUGUGGUCGGUGACGGGACAGUCGAGGGACUCGAACCAAUCGUGCCGUGCACGGGGAUCCCCGGACCUUGGACCGGGCUCGCUGGACGCGCGUCAACGAUGUCGGGCGAAACGGAGAUCGAGGUGUCGGUGGUGUCGGAAGAGGACCUGGAGCUCGAAGGAUCGAGGAGCAGCUCGACGCCCGCGGAGCUGCUCCUCCAGGAGAAGAACGGCAAGCCCGGCUGCGGGCUAAACAAUCACCACUCGUUCAGCUUCGACGUCGGCAAACCGGUGCUCAGGCCAGCCUGCAAUCCUCAGUACACGUCCUUCAGCAUCUCCAGCAUCCUCGGCAGGCCCGAAUCGCCGCCCGUCGACUCGACGUCCACCGUGUCCGGCGAGAGGCAGUCCUCGGACGUGGACAGAGCCUCGCCGUUGCCGCAGACGCAGAACUCCCAACGGAUCGGAUCCGCUUGCGACAGCCCCGGUAGAGGCCUGUCGUCGCCCACGCCUUUGAGGUACUCGUCCACGCAACGGAGCACCUCCACGGUCGGGCACGAGAUCGAGAACAGGAACAAUACGACCAGUAUCGGUAUCGGUUGUGCUACCAGUGCUACCAGCCCAGCGACCAACUUCUCACCCCCUAACGACGCAGCUGCGAAUCCGCUGUUGGGACACCAAGCGUCGGCCGACUUGGCCAUGCUGUCGAGAUUGGGCCUGAUGUCGUCGCUGAUAGCGGGUCGCUACCCGGUGGGAAUCGGCGUGGGUGGGGUGUUCUUUCCGUCUACGCUGCAGCACCUUCACCAGCAACAGCAACAUCAGCAUCACUCGCGGCUGGCGGCCGCGUCGUCGGCGCUGAGCAACGCGGUGCAGGUCACCGGCCAAUCGGACAUCGUCGAUGCCGACGGCAUCCGCGGCGUCCUGCCCGGCGGCGCCGGUUGGCCGUUUCCAUGGAGGCCGACGCACGGCCUCCAGACGCUCGAGCAUCCGUCGCCGAACGACGUCGUGGGCACCCUGAGCCGCGUCAGUCCCGCUUCCGCUUCUUUUCCGCAAAGGGACGAUCUGGACGACGAGAACGGGGAGGACCGUCUGCACCGAACGAGGAGUCCGUCGUCGGGGGACGAGGGCCACGACGACCUGGGGGACCAGGACGACUGCCAGGAAGCCGACGGCGAGGGUGAAUCGACGAACUCGACGGGGAUGCACGGCGGCGGUGGCACGGGGAACGGCGGCGGCGGUGGCGGUCAGAACAGCGUGCAGGUCGGCGUGGACGGUCGCGACUCGAACAGCAUGAAACGAAAGAAGAAGACGCGCACGGUGUUCUCCAGGUCGCAGGUGUUCCAACUGGAGAGCACGUUCGACAUGAAACGCUACCUGUCGUCGUCGGAGCGCGCCGGCCUGGCGGCGUCGCUGCGAUUAACCGAGACCCAGGUGAAGAUCUGGUUCCAGAAUCGUCGUAACAAGUGGAAGAGGCAACUGGCCGCCGAGCUGGAGGCGGCAAACAUGGCGCACGCCGCGCAGAGACUGGUCAGGGUGCCGAUAUUGUAUCACGAGGCGUCCGCCGGGACCGGGGCGUCAGGCGGCGUCUCGGUGUCGGUGGCCGCGCCGCCGACGGCCGCUGCGCCAGCGUCGGUCGCCACGUCGGCGCUCUCCCACUCGGUCGGCGUCGGCGUCGGCACCUCCUGCCCCCCUACCACCGCGCAGCCGAUCUUCUACUCCCAUCACCAUCAGCACCACCAUCAUCAUCCGGCUCACGUGCAGGCGCACACUCUCCUGCCCCACCAGGUACACCCACAACCGCCGCCACCCCCGCCACCGCCGCCUAACGGACAACCACCCCAAUCCUCCUCGCAAUAA